AUGAAAGUCCGGAUCCCGCUGGUCUGUUUCCUGGUGCUGCUGCCUCUGAACAUCCCCUGGUCCCAAAUUGGGGUGACGUGGCUGGGCGUGGUCCACUUCCUGGCCUGUCUGUCUCCUCAGCUGGGCUCCGUCCUCUACCACCUCUUCAUGAACCACGAGGGCGGCGAGCCGGUCUACCACACCCUGCUCAAGGUGGACGUCUGCGGGAUCUGCAUGAUCAACACGCUGGGGAUGCUGCCGAUCGUCUACAGCACGCUCCUGUGUUACCCUGUCAUCCGGACUCUGGCGCUGCUGCUGUACAUCCUGCUGUCCACUCACGCCAUCUACUGUGCGGUCACGGCGCGCAGCUCGGUGCGGCGCCUGCGCUCCUUUGCGUGGCAGGCGCUGUUCCGCUUCUCCUUCUUCCUCCUGCGCUGGGUGGGCGUGGGCGGCGGCAGUCCCACCUCGCUGAGACACUUCGUCACCAUGGACAUGCUGGCGGUGCUGGGCGGAGUCAUCAACAUCGCUCGAAUCCCUGAAAGGUUCUGUCCCGGACUCUUUGAUUAUUGGUGCAACAGUCAUCAGAUCAUGCACGUGCUGGUGGUGGGUUCUAUCCUCUACCUCCACUGGGGGGUCCUGGACGACCUGCUCUGGAUCAACAGCUACAUCUGCCCCUCGGACUGA